CUCUCUCAUUGGGAAAGAAUGCCCGUCUUUACUGAAGAACGGAAGUGGACCGACCAUUUUGAAACCCUGCACCGCUUAGCGUGAUGGAGAAGGGCCAUACAGUGAAGCUCUUUGUGGGGAACCUGGCCCUGGACACCACACAAGAAGAACUGUCUGCCAUCUUUGAGGCCUAUGGCCAGGUGGUGAGCUGCAGCGUCCUCAGGCAGUUCGCCUUUGUUCACUUGCAGGGAGAGGGCGCCGCUGAGCGGGCAAUACGUGAGCUCAAUGGCCGCGAAUUUAAAGGUCGAAACCUGGUGGUGGAGGAGUCCCGGGGACGCCCACUUCAUUCCACUAAAGUGUUUGUGGGGAAUUUGAGUGGCAUGUGCACCACAGAAGACCUCAAGGAACUCUUUCAGACCUUUGGGAAAGUCUUGGAAUGUGAUAAAGUUAAAGGCUAUGCCUUUGUGCACAUGGAAAACAAGGAGGACGCGUUGCAGGCCAUCGAAGCUUUGCAUGGCACUUCCUUCAAGGGACGGCCACUCUCUGUGGAGCUUUCUAAGGUUCAGCCCAGCAAACAAACCCCCACUGGAAAGAUCCCUUGCGUGAGCUGUGGAAAGCAGGGUCAUUAUGCUGGAGAGUGCCCGAGUGGUAAACCUGCCCUGGAGCAGUAUCAGAGUCAGGCAGCUGUUUUAGCCGCUGCUGCUGCCGCCGCCGCUGGACUUCCAUUACAGGUACAACAGAGUGUUCACAACUCCGUCUACAAUACCUCCACCUUUGACCCCACUUACGCUGCUCUGACUGGACUGACUGCUGCUGGAGCAAGGGCAGAAGGUGGAACUGCAGUGGCGCCUGCGGUCUACGGAGCGCUAGCUAGCCAAGUUUAUGGGACGGUCGCUAACCAGCUCUACGGGGGCACGGUGGCUAAUCAAGCACUCAACACCGGUGCCAGUGCGGCUGCACAAGUUUACGGCUCUGUUAACCCUGCCCUCUAUGGCCAAGUGGCAAACGGAGCAGUAGCAGCUGCUGCAGCCGCAAGUGCCGCCUAUGGGCCGCAGGUUUACACGCCUGCAGUCGCUAACCCUGUGUUCUUAGCUGCAGCGCCUAGCAUGGAAGUUCCUGCAGCUGCAGCCGCCGCUGUUAACCCAGCCUAUACAAUGGCUCCUGCCAUCUACACGGCCAGCCCCGCCUACAGUGCCCUGGGAGCGGCUGACCCAGCAGCCAUUUUUGAAGCGGCGAGGGCACAUUACUUCGCGCAGGGGCAGCAAGUGCUAGCAGAGCAGCAACAGGCUAGCGCAAAGUCUGGAGAGAGGGACAGGAGCCCUCUCAGAAGAUCUGCACCACUACUGCCUGACCCAGUUAUGAAGCCCUUCAUGUACCAAAGGGCUAAGCGCAGAGCGCUACUGCCUACACCUGCAGGCCGGGAAGAAGCUGCGAGCCAGGAGGAGGAUUCUGUUGCCAGAUACUAUGCAGAGUACUACCAGCAGUACCAGCAGCUUGCUCAGUACCCUCAGUACCCAGCAGUCCCUUACCCGGCCCCUAACCCCAUCGCCACGGUACCUGCAAUUCCUGCCCUCCCUGGUGUUCCUGCCCCUCCGGUGGCCGCGCUGGAUGCCCUCAGGCCAGUGCUGCCCGCCGCCCCCGUGCCUGCCGCUGCCGCCAUCGCCGUGGCGACGCCCCGCGUGUAUGAGCCUCCGCCGAUUCCGCCGUCGCGCAAGGAGCCCCUCCUCCGCCGGUCCGAACUCGCCCUGCACCCCCCUGAAACGCCCUUCCGAUAGUCUGCUCUUACUUCCCCUGCUGUGCCCCCACCUCGCGCCAUGUCUGUGACACUGUGUGUGUGUGUGUGUAUGUGUGGGUUGGUGGGUGGAUGUGUAGGUGUGGGUGGGUGUGUGUGUGUCUGUCGCUGUGUGAGUGGUUUGUGUUUAUGGGGGAGAUGUAUGUGUGUAUGUAUGUAAAUGUGCAUUUGUGUGCAGGUUCUGAGAGGGUGGGCGCCUUUGAAUUUUUUUUUUUAUUAUUUUUUAUUUUUUUAUUAUUAUUAUUAUUUUUUUUAAAGACUGGAAUAUCUGACCUUGGUUCUGGUCACACACACACACCCAGUGUAGCGAUCCAGGGUAGCGAAAGGGAGAGAACUGCAUUCAUACACAAUAAAAUAUAUACAUGUAGUCACUCUGUUUAAAGUCUCUGAAACCUUAAACCUGUAGACAGUUUUAAGGUGUAGGCUAGACAUUAGCCAUGUGUUCUAUUUUUUUUAAUGCUUUUUUUUAUAUACAAUACAAUGUUAGUAGCCUAUAAAUAAUGUACUUGAGAUUUUUAAGAUUUGCUUGAAGUAGAUAUGUGAACUAUUAACCAGUUUACGUAUAUAUAUAUAUAUAUAUAUAUAUAUAUAUAUAUAUAUACAUACACACAUACACAUACAUACACACACACACACACAUACAUACACACAUACAUAUGCAUAUUAUCGAUUAGAGGUUGAUAACACUUUGAUAAAUUGAAUGUAAUGUUUACUCCAGAGGUGUGUGAAGUGUAGAACCAGGGUUGGACGCUGUUUUUACAUGUUUAUGUGUGUGUGUGUUUGUGUUUGUCUUUUGUCUUUGGGACUUUGGCCACAUUUAUGUGUGUUUCAUGUUAGGCCCAUUGGUUGCAAUGACAGGCAUUCACACACAAACGCACACACAUGUAUUUAGGGAAAAUGCCUUGAUUUUUCUACCACGGUGCAUAAACACACCUCCCCCCGUUACAUCCCAAUUGAGGAGAAAAAAUAAACAGUCAGUGAGGGUCUUUAUCACCCCCCAUCCCACGUCACCCAUCCUGAAAGCUGAAAGACACUGUGAAUUCUCUCCCCUCCGACUUUUAUCUACCUUAACGUAGCUACAGAUAUCACCACAGUGAUAAAUGGGAACUAAACAAUUUAAACACUUUUUAAAAAUGUAAAUUGUUGUAGCUAGUUGCCAUUAGCUGGGAUUGGUCCUCUGGCCUGCCUCUUUGUGUAACAGGGCUUGGUCUUCACUGACUAACAGAACUGCCAUUUUGCGUAGUGGAUGAUUUUUGGAAGUGUCUUAUUGAUGAUGCCUAUCAUGUUUUUAUAAAUAUAGUAAAAGGGACUCAAAUAUCAUUUUUUAACAGAAUACUGUUAAAUACUCUCCAUAAAUUUUGUUUACAGCCAUGAAUGAGGAAAACGUAGCUUUCCAUCUUGUAGCUUUUUACAGAAUAAUUGUUUAUAGCCAAAUUUUCUUUUCUUAAGAUCAGCCAAAAUCGUGUUUGCCAGUGGCUUAUAAUUCUUAUGCCUUAGUAAAUGAAAUGUAUCAUGGUUUGCUAUUUCUUGAUUGUAGUCUUAAAAUGUGAAACUGGAUAGAAGGAGGUGUGCAGUAAAAGUGCUGUAUGCUAUGUGGUGCUGUGGCAUGGGAUUAAAAGAAUUGGGAGAUCGCUAUCAGUUUCUUUCAGUCUUCUUUUUCAUUCGCUGCUCAGUCUCACUGGACUAUUCCCCUCCAUCUAUCUCUCUCUUUUUCUCCCUCUCACUCCAUCUUUCUUUGCAUCUGCCUUUAACUGUGUGUCAUCUACUCAUCAGUGGUUCAGUACCUUACACAUACCUACACAAUGAAGAGGCCAUGUUUAAUGGAACUGUCUGUAAGAAAUGUCUUCAUUUGUGUAGUUUGUGUCGCAGUAGCACUGUUUUUGCUUCAGAUGUUUUCAUAGGAAAAAAGAGUCUAUGCAUGACCUUUAGGAAAAAUGUAUUCAACCAUAAAAUAAAGAAUGUCUUCAAACAUUAUGAAAGUAAAGGGAGAACAUUUUAUUUUUGCUUAUUUUUACACUUUUUAUUUUGAUGAUGUUUCAUGAUUGUUUUUCUUCUAUGAAACGCCCAGACUCAAAUGAAUUGGAGCCCUGAGAGGAAGUGAAAGGACUAGAGACUGCCCCCAUGUCCCUCUGUGUUUCUGUGGAUGGGGUAAGUUGGGGGUAACCCUCCCUCUGUCCCCUUAGCUUUACCAAAAAUUCGCUCAACUGGCUCCAAAGGAGCUGCGCUACCCAACGCUGCCAAACCCUUCACUAAAUAACUACCCAGCGCCGCCCAUUAAAACCUCUACUGUACGAGUGUUGAGUUUACUACACUGGCAGACGUUUACUUUGUUUUUUUUUGUGAAGAUGUGAACAGCACUGGUUUUGGGAUGUGUUGAUGCUUUGUGCGUACCAGGAAAACACCAGCACUCUUAAAUGCUGUGCUUCACAGAGUCUUUUUGGUAGCCCUGGUGGGGCUUAACAGUAGUUUUGAAUUGUCCAUGCUCCACCCGCUCCACCCAAUCUUGUUCCAAGGCUGGGCAAGCUUUGUAGAAUAUGGUAAAAAAAAAGUGCUGUUCAGCCUACAGUGAAAUAUGACAUGAUGGAAAUGACUGUCAAAUUUGCCAACCUGCAUAAAGUCACAGACAGUAUGACCUUUCACUCAUAGAAAUAAUGAUACAAACAGUGAUAAACAUCAUUUGAAAAUAAUAACACACUUUUAAGUUUAGGUGUUGUUACUAAAAGAGCUGUGUUAGAAUUUCUCAUUAGGUUGGAUAGGAUCCUUGCAAAUGUUCUCUAAAGCUUGUCCGACCUGGCAACAGUUGCUACAAUAGAACGCAUUUGUGUGAGGAGCGUGGAUAACUUGGUUCACUUUGGUUUCUGUGACAUCUCUUUAAUUGUGCAUGUUACAUUUUUUUUUUCCUAUUUCAAAACCCAAAAGCAAAGCUUUCUGACUCCCUUGUCCCAACUGAACUAGGUCCCCCAAAGGAACAGAAUGGUGGACACCAUGCGGUGUUGGUGGGGGGAGGACAUUUAGCAUCGCACAAUGCAAAGAAGUUCUGUCUCUCUCCAUCCAGGUAAAAGCACUGUGCCUCGCCCCGCCCCCCCUUCUUCCUUUCGUCCACCCAAUAGCGCCUGCGCCUUUACCGAACACCUGCCCUUCUCUCCCACCACCCCACCUCCCCUCUAGUCUCCACUAAACCGUCAACAUAGCCACAGCCAACUGGGCUUCUCUGUGGCCACAAUAGGAUGCUGCCGAAAAAACGCAACAACUGACCAGUUUUGCUGUGCCGUCAGCUUGAGUGACAGCAGGGGCUGAUGGUAUGAUGAUGAUGAUGAUGAUGUUGAUGUUGUUGCUGCUGCUGCUGCUGCUGCUGCUGUUGGGCUGAUGUUUGUGCUGCUGUGAGUGAAGGGUGAAUGUGGUGGGGCUAGGAUGAAGAAAUAAGCGAGUUAGCCAGUGGUGCCAGAGUGUGGAAGUGUUAAAAAGCAGUAAUUUCCAACCCUUGUCUUGGAAUCCCUCCCUUCCCUGCACAUGUUGGUGUUUUCAAUGCUCAAAAUCAUCUGAUCCAACUAAUAAGCUCAUUAACAAGCCUAUCUGGUGUUGAAAUGAAUGUGUUGUUGUUAGCAAGGAUUCUUAACCCCUAGUCCUGGAGCCCCCCAGUUUGCAAGGUUUCGAGUAUUCUCUGAAGCAGUUAAUCAGCUAAUUGUCUGACCCUUUAUGAGCCGUUUCAUGUCAUUGCAGGGAAUAGUUUUGUUCAGAAGACUGGGCUCCCAGGACUGAGAGCCACGGUGUAAGACAAGUGUUUCUCAACCUAGUCUUUGCCCCAGGUCCAUAUUUAUGAAGCCUGUCAGAGUAUGAGUGCUGAUUGAGGAUCAGAUCUUUUGUACUGACGGGCACAGAUGAACCUUAUGGAUAUGGGUCCCAAACUAGAUAUUUAGUUAUAGGGUCAAAUGUGUUGGGUACUCGGACAUGGCAAUAAUAUCAACCUUUUGGAGGUCCACAAGAGCUGGGUUGGCUAACACUGUUAAAAAGCAGGGAAAACAUAAUAGUUGUCACCAAACCUCCUCUUGUGCGUCCACAAGUGUUCCACGAAUUUCUGGGCCCUGUGCAGAUGCCGUCUCUAUCCCCUUCCCUAAUGUUAAAUUGUACAUCAAAUCAAAGCCCCUUGAACACCCUGUCUAUCUGCCUGCCUACCUACCUAUACUUUUUUCCUCCAGCUUUGAAAUUCUUGGUUCCAACAUGCAGCUGACCCCCUUCUCACCCAACUCUAAUGUAACUCAUCCAGCCAAUUAAGGACAUUUGAAAACAUUCAUUAGUUUGAGAAGGUGUCGUAUAUUAGGGUUGGAACCGGACCCUGCAGGACGAUACCUCUCUAGAACUAGAUUUAGCAACUGCUAUACUAAGAUGUACAGGGAAGGGGUUCUACAGGACAAGGCUUGGGAACCACUGUGCUUAAUGGAAGUGUUUGGAUAGAGCUGUUGCUGUGGUGAAGAGUGCUUGGGUGUCAGUCUGUCCAGUGUCUCAAGGCUUGGCAGGUGUGGACUUCGCUCAAGAGCCCCACCUAGAAUAUCGCCGAUCUCGCUUGCCCUUCCCCCUUCCUCGACUCCUUCCCUCCUUUUUAUCCCUCCCCCUUCCAAGCCCUUCCUGGAGUUUGUUCGCCGUACACACAGCUUGCCGCCGCCCUCGUCGCCUCCCCAAAACCGGCUCUCUUGAGUUUGUUCAGUGUUACGCACAUGCUGCCUAACUGCCUGAACACACCCCUGAACCUUCCCUUUUUUGCUGGACAUGCUCUUCAGGGCAUUUGACUUCUUCUUCGAGGGCUUUUGGUUCAUUUUAUUGUUACAUAUUGACAGGUACAGGCUACCCUUCACCCCUAGAGGGCGUGUUACACUAUUCAAAUAAUAGGUGCCAAAGGGGUUUUUUGAAAAUAUGAUAUAAAACAGGGUUCACCACUCUUAGCCACAAAGAGCCAGUGUAGCUGUAGGUUUUCUUUUCAACCAGGCUAGAACACGGCUCAUAUAUCUAAUCAACUGUAUGAAGAGUGAGACCAACUGAUUUAAUCUGAGAGGAAUCAGGUUUGUUGGUGCUUGAAUGGAUUGAAAGCCAGCGGUUACACUGGCCCAUUGUGGAUAACCUUACUGAUUUAGAAAUCCAGCUUCCAGUCCUGGAUUUGGUAGACACUGGUAAUUAAUUGAACUGAUGAUUUGCCUGCUAUUGACUAGGCCACACCAUACCAGUGAUUUAAAAGAAUCUGGGACUGGAAACUGAAUUCCAUCUGUGGAGUUGACGACCUGUGUUUUAUUGCAUCACUCCCAAGAACACCUUUAGGCACCUUUUAGCCAUAAGUGAGUAGAACCAGAUUUUGUUCCAGAAGGACCAAUCAAAGGUCUGAUUCUGUUGAUCAGUAAGCACCAUCAGUAUUGAUUAGCUAAAUCAGAUUUAUUGUUUGGUAAGAGCUGGAACAAAAGACUGUGCUCCCUCGUUCAUGGAGGUCAGACUUUUUGCUGGCAUCACAGAAGUCUUCAAGUAUCCACCUGAGGUAUACACCAGAGGUUGAGCAUAUAUACAGUACCUUUCAAAAGUUCUAACCCAUCUGAUUAAAUGUCUUAAAUCGUUUGCUUAAAAGUCACGUAGUUAUGUUUAAGUCAAGUUAUGUUGAUUUCUAUAUAAACCAAUAUUUCCAAAGCAGUUUUUAAAAUGCCCCACAGCUGCAAGUACUUUUCAGCAGAAUAUUAGUGUUCAGCAUAUACCUACCUUUUUCAAGCUUGUUGUUAAAGUAUCUCAGAAUUCUGGCUCCAUUUCCUGAGAGAAUGCCUAGAGUUUGCAAAGCUAUAUUAAAGAAAAAAGGGGCCAAUGUGAAGAAUCUAAUGUGAUUUAAAUUUGUUUAGCACUUAAUAUAGCCACUGCAUAAUUCCUCAUUUCACAGUUUUGAUGUCGUCGCUAUUAUUUUAAAGUGUGGAAAAUAGUAAAAAUGUUAAUCAAACUUUUGACUGGUACUGUACAAGCACAUUGUACAUGAAUGUGACUUCAGGUGACUAUGAAUGCAACAUCUGGUGAAUACUUACUUGAAGACGAUUCAGUUGGCUUGGUGUUUUCACUGAUGCCAUCUGUGUGAACAUGGCUCUUCAGGGGGAGGAUGUGCCUACCCUUAAUAUAAUUACUAUAAUCUAAAUAUAUCACCUCUGAGAAGCAAAAACACUCAUCUUGUUCACUUUUGCAAUGGGAGUAUUUUACAAAAGUUUUCAGCUAAGGCCUGUGCAUCUCAAAAUGAGAUUUUUUUUAAGAAUGUAAAAGGCAAAAGCUGGCCCUUGGUCGGUAUAUUUUCCAGUGGCCACCGUGAAGUGGUUUGUGAAAACCUCUAAUCCUCCCAGAGAAACGUCCUAUAAGACAAAACCUCCGCAAGCCUGAGCCACCUGCAGAUCCAGUUCCAUCUCAGGGCUCCUAUAGGACUUUUCCUUAGCUGGGGAGAUUGAAAUGUAGGUACACUAGAAGGUGCUGUUGUCCUUGCUUUGCCAGGUCGUAUCACAUGUUCAGUGUACGUGGGUUUGUGUGUGUGUGUGUGUGUGUGUGUGUGUGUGUGUGUGGGAGUGUUGUUGUAGAGGAAUCUCUCAUUGCAGUGCCAAAAUAUGCAGAGACUGUGGCUUCCUUACGUUUACUAACACACACACACACACAUGCACACCCUGUUCUGAUAUGUCAUGUAUACACUUUAAGACACCUGUGGACAGAAAAACUUAUGGGGGGGCAGAGAUUCUCUGUUCAUUGUCACUGAAUCAGUUUGCCAGUUAAAAAAGCAGUUAGAAUUGUACCAUAGAAUAAUGACUUCUGUUUCCUAUCGCUUUUUAUUUUAGUAAAAAAAAGAAAAAGAAAAAAAAGUAGGGCAAAGUACUCAGUACACAGUAAUCUUUUGUGAAUAGGUACAGCAUCACAUAGCAUAAGGAGCUUGUUUUUUGUUGUUGUUGUUGUGUUUUUCUUUUUUGUCCCCCCCCCCCCCCCCAAAGUCAAAUUGAAAUCACAAUGGACCUUUUACCAUUGUAACGUUUACGUACUUGGUCAUAUUAAAUGAACACUCUGGCCAAAAAGACAAAUGUAACCAUUACCGCAUCUGUUGCAGGUAUGCCUACUCACCUCUCACAGUGGUAAUCAGGAUUUGUUGAAUGCCAGUGGGUUCCCAAUUAUUAUGUAAUACAUGUUUGGAAAUGUAGUGCGAGAAGACAAAACCUUGAAUUCUGUCAUACCAGUGAGACUGAGGGAUAAAAUGCAGUAUUGAAUAUUACGAAACUUAAAUGACCUAUUAACAGCUAGUUUUAGGCUGGAAUGUCCCUUUAUGCAUGACUCAUAUUGUAUGUAUGUGCGUGUGCGUGUGUGCGUCUGUGCGUGUGUGUGUGUGUGUGUGUGUGUGUGUGUUAUUUUCCCUGUAAUCUUACAUCAAAAUGUAAUGAUUUUUACCCAUCUUGAUAACAUUUUCUGGGUUUUGAUCACAUCACAGUGCAUCAGCAGGACGGUAAGGAUAAUAUUAAACAACAAUAUCAUGUUCCACCUCCUCCUCGCGUCACUUAUCAUUGAGUGAAAAUGCUUAGCUAGCUCAGAGAUCCUUCCCGAUACCGACACAUGCCUCCUCGCUUUAUGGAAGGAUUGUUGACUUGAUGUUUUAUAAAGAACAAAUUUUGUAAAUGAGUGUGAAUGUGAAAAUUUUUGUACGAAGAACUAGAUAAUGGAAAGGUUCUGUAUCAGUUAAAGGUUCCAUUUAUGAGAUCACUAUCAGCAGAUAUUUGCUUAAAGAUUUGACCUAUAUUUCAAACCAGUGGUGAAGACCUCUUUAUUGCGCUCCAGAAGACAGGACAUUUAGGUGACUUUGGGUUGCUGUGCUAAAACGUCUGCCUUUAAUUCAUUUUACCACAUUUGUGACCUCAUACAAACAAGUCUGCAUAAUUCUAAUCAAGGUGUAUCGCAUCCUGAUGUCUACAUUUUAGAAAUGUUUAUGUAUUGGCAUUAGCCUACAUCGUUGAAUAUUGAUAAAUAUCAAAUAUUGGCAUCAGCCCACAAUUUCCAUAUCAGCGCAUGCCUGGUUUUCCCUAGAACUAUAUGUUCAAGCUAAGAGCCUCGUAGGAAUUUUCUGAGUGGCUUGAGAGACAGAAAUAAAGGUGAAAGGUGAGUAUUCUCUGAUGUGUCUGUGUGAACUUUGGUCUGUUAGCACUCACCUCCGGUCUUCUAAAACAGCAGUAAUGAGUCUAAAUACAUGUGAUACAUCUGAGGCUCAUUCUCCAGCAACAAAGUAUUUGCCCCUUUCCUUUCUCCUUUUACUCUCAUGGCUAUCCCAACAUCCACAGCCACCUCCAUAGCCUCGUAUGAUAAAGUUUCUUUAGACAUGGCACUGAGAGAUCCCUCUUUGAUGUUUUAUCUAAUGUUCCCUUUUUUCUUUUUUUUUCUUUUUUAUAUAACUUUUUUCCUCCCUAUUCAAAUUCUAGUUCAGAUAUGAAGGAAAAAGUGAAUGAUGUGGCAGGUGAUUGAUGAAACUAUUUCUAUUGCAGGCGAUAGGAUGUAUAUUGCCCACAAUUAUAUCACGUUGGACAGGGCAAAUGCAUGCUUUGUAAUAAUGUCAACUGCAAAAACUUUGUGACUGGAUAAAUGUACUGUUCUACACCAGCUUUUGCAUGCAUACGGUUUGUCGUCGCAUGCUAAUCUUUAAUAAACUAGUCCUGUAAGAAAGGUUGCAUA